UGUUCAGUUGAGUCUAGCAUUGUCGAAUCCCAGAGAGGUGCUCGCUUAGACGAAACCUGCCAAGGAAAGUGAAAUUCCCCGCGAGACUGGCGCAACUGAAUGGACGCAGCGAAGCGCACACUUUUAGGCCCCAAUUGCACAGCACAAAUUGUCGCCAGUCGCCUGCAAAAUCCCUCAGAGUCUUUUAUAAAGUCGAUGACAUGACGCCGGCGAGCUUAGUCAUCAUGUUCGCCAGCAAACGGAAGCUUCGGAUCGCAUUGGACCUCAUCCUCUGGACGAGUCUGGCGGUGGCUCAAAAUGCCAGCGAGGAAGGGGUCAGCGAUCCGGUGGGAAACCUGAAACUUGAACUGGCGGGUUCGGCUACAGCCAAGAGCUUCGAACCACCACCUGAAUUCUACAGGGGUCCAGGCUCAGGACAAGGCUCUCAAACGAGUCCUUCGAGUGGUUCCAGCAGUCAUCCCUCGCUGGGAAGUGUGGGCGAAAGUCUCAGUGAAACCUAUAGUAAGUGGCGAGCUGGAGGUGCCAGUCUUCAGGAUCGGAUCAGUGUGGGUCACUAUGGAGCCGGAGGAGGAGUGGCAUCGCAUGCACCGACCGUUGGAAGUUUUGAAAGUAACUCCCAUCCCUAUCCCUACGAAUACUCCCACAACAGCGGAGGAGGAGGAGCUGCAAUUGGAGGUGUUGGAGGAGGUGGAGCCUAUUUCGGCAGCUCGAGUGUGGAGGCGGGUAUUCCAUUCGAUGUGUAUGGAUCACGUCCGGGUCACGGUGCCAGUCAUGGUCACUACUAUUCCCCACCUGAGUAUGUGCAUCCGUACCCACUGGAUCCACACGAGUUAGCGGCUCACAAGGGUCCCGGUCACGGCGACGUUUCAUCCAAAGCCCUGCUGGCCAAGAGCUUCCUAAUCCCGCUGGCCAGUGCUGCAGUGCUGGGAAUCGCCGCCGCGUUGGUCAGCAAUCCACUUCUCCUCCAAUUGGGCACUGUUUCUGGACUGGGCACCAUCGUCGGCAAGCGCAAACGACGUGCAACAAGUCGAAAUCUACUUACAAAUAAAGCCCAUAAAUACACUUUAUAAAUAUGCCAUUCAUAAACGAAUUAAUGGAAAAUAAACAUUUGUCUUCAAUGAAUCUGUAUCGAUAAGUACUAAUCCCUGAUAAGAUUUUAUUUAAAAGAAGUAACAUAUUUGUGCAAACAGAACUUCGGACUGUUGAAAAAUGCG